AUGCCGCCGCAACAAACAACCCAGAAGGAACCUGCAACAGCCGCAGAUCGCCGCACCACUGACAAGGCUGAGCAACGCGACGGGUCUCGCAUGGCCAGCACAAUCCGCCCGGAUACCGUGUUCAGGCUAAGAUGUAUACCAAAGAAGUAUGGGAGCGGGGAUAUCCCAGAUCUGGCGAGAAAGGCAUUGAGCCAGGGCGGAGACUUCUCCGUGAAGGUCGGCUCGCUCGCGCGGAGCCCCUACCGGAAUGACGAGCUGGUUGCGACGUUGGCCAUGCAUGGAGCGAGAGAUGUCCUGCUCAAGAUUCCAACUCUCGCUGGUAACGAGCACGAGUGGCAGCUGGAUGUGGAUCUCGGAGAAGGAGGUUUGCUGAGCUUGCGCUUGGAUGUGCAUUUUCAUGGGCUUACGCCAUUGCACGGGGUUAAUGAGGCUGAAUAUACGAGCGACAUCAUAGCCCUUUCGGGCCUCAACGGUCACGCCUACGGUUCUUUCAAACAGCGAGGAGGGCCUUUCAUGUGGCUCCGUGAUGGAUUACCGAGAGAUCUGCCGAACGCUCGAGUUCUCAUAUAUGGCUAUGACACACAAUUGCAAGGAAGCACCUCUGUCCAAAACCUCACAGACCUUGGCCUGAGUCUACGCACAGCAAUAGUGGAUUUACUGGCUACAACAAUUGAAAACCAUUGCUGCAGGCCCAUUGUGUUCAUUGGACACAGUCUUGGUGGCCUUGUCAUCAAAGAAGCCUUCAUACAUAUGAAGGAUGGCACAUACAGCGCAAUCUUGAAUGCCACACGUGGAUUUCUCUUCUUCGGAGUGCCGAAUCUCGGCAUGAAGACAGAAUCUUUGGUACCCAUGGUAGGAGACCAGCCCAACCGCGGCCUUCUUGAAACACUGGGAAACAAUUCUGCACUGUUGCGGCGCCAUCAAGACGAGUUUCCGAGGACAUUCCAACCAAGAACGAUCCAAAUUUCGAGCUUCUACGAGACAAAACUUUCACGGACUGCGUGCAAGGUCGGCAAUAUCUGGAAAAUGCAAGGGCCCGAAGAAUUGCUUGUUGACUUUGGCUCAGCCACUAUUGGAAGCACAAAAUAUCAGCCCAUGGACCGUGAUCAUUCCGAUAUGGUGAAGUUCAACGGCGCAGAUGAUCCAAAUUAUCGUGCCGCAGUUGUUCAAAUUAAGCAACUACACAGCGAGGCAGGCUUUCAGGUCGACGAUAUGGGUCCCAGCGUUGUCUGCGGAGAUGAUUUGGCGUGCUUGCGAUCCUUGGCAUUUCCGGGACAAGACUGGCACCGCGAUGGUGUCGUGACAGCGGAUGGCACUUGCGACUGGAUAUUUUCCCACGACAAGUUCCGUAGUUGGUCCCAGAAUCCUCGACAACUCCUCUGGAUCCGUGGGAAGCCAGGAUCAGGCAAAUCAACUGCUAUGAAGCACAUCUUUCAAUCUUUUGAAAGCCAAAAGAGCGAUGGAGAGAUUUUGGCAACGUUCUUCUUCAACGGAAGAAGCGGCAAUUUUUUGAACACAUUAUCCGCAUUUUACCGCGCAAUACUCAACCAAAUCCUGCCGCACUUCUCCAAGCACCUUUCGGAGUUGACUUCAAGCUUCAAGAAAAAAGAAAAAGCUCAAAAAGGGACUUGGACCUGGACUGUUGACGAACUUCAUCGCUUCUUUGCUGCGGUGAUCCCGGCAGUCUCGAAAACGCAUCACGUGUGUAUACUCGUAGAUGCCUUGGACGAGUCCGGAGAGGAGAAUGCUUGUCAACUCAUCAGCCAGUUUGAGAAGAUUCUGGAUGCUGUCCAUAAGAACGGUGGUGUACUGAAAAUCUGCUUCUCGUGCAGACACUACCCAAUCCUCGUAUUGAACGCCGGAAUUACAAUCACCAUGGAGGAUCAAAAUCGGACUGAUAUCGAGAAGUUUGUCAAAGAGCGGCUGCAAGGCUUCAAAGAGGAGGAAAGAAGGGUCCUGAAGGCUGAGAUCCAAUCAAAAGCCCAGGGUGUAUUCCAAUGGGCGCGAUUGGUGAUUGAGAGAGCCAUAUCCCUGAGGAAAAAGCGGAGGUCUUUUGACUACAUCAUCGAGUCAAUCAGGCACAUACCCAAGGAGCUUGAGGAGUUAUAUCGAAACCUGCUUUUGGCACCUGAGCUGAACGAAGACCCGGAUGAGCGGCGACAAACCCUAAAGCUGUUUCGAUGGAUGUGUCUCUCUCCCCGCCCUCUGACACGUGCGGAAAUCCAGCACGCCUUGGCAGUCGAUGCUGAGAUGACUUUUACGUCAGUGCGGGAAUAUAUGCUCGGACGAGACUUCACAAGCGACAACGACGAUCUCGUAGAAGUUGUCAAAGACCUAUCUCGAGGGCUUGCCGAGUUCCGACCACACGGCCGCGAAGUCAUGCUGCAACCAAUUCACCAAACUGUCCAGGACUAUCUCCUUGCAUCCGGCCUCAGGGACUUACAUGGAGACACUUCCAGUGACCCUUUCGAUAGCGGACACUACCACAUUUUGAAGUCUUGUGUCAAGUUUCUGCAACUGGACGAGAUCAUGAGGACGAGUCCGUCCCCAUACUCUUCCAGUGGUGGUGCUGCGUGGUACCCACAGCCACUUCUUGACUAUGCGUUGCACUUCGUACCAUACCAUCUUCAACGGAUCGGGAUGGCUGAAGUUGUUUCGGGAGACUUGCUCGAAAUUUUUCACUGGCCAUUCGAAGGGUCCAUAAUCGAUAGAUGGGCCACUUUAUGUAUGCCACUUGCGUAUAAGAAGUAUUGGGGCGUAAGAUAUCAUCAGCUAAUGAUACCGAAAACCUUAAAACUUGAAUUCCUUGAGCCUCUCGAUUGGCCGAGAAAAGGCUCACGGUUGUUGCAUCUGGCUGCGGUGCUCGGGAAAACGGAGAUUCUGGACCUUAUGUUCGAGCGAGCCCGAGAUAUCGAACCCCAGGCAAAAGACUCGCAUGGCUACAGCCCUUUGGUGAUGGCUCUUGUGGCUAGACAAGAAUCCUUCGCGAUCAAGCUCCUUUCACGAUUCCCUCAUAUCAUCAGGAGUGAGCUAGUGGCACGUCCCUGGCCCGCGGCUCAUAUCGCUGCUGCAAACGGACUUCAAGAAGUUCUUUCGAUGUCGCAUGAGCAUGGAAUGAACCCCAACGGGUGUGCUCGGUGGCAAAAGAGAAAGUAUACCCUUCUAUCCGUGGCGAUCAAGCAUGAACAAGUGGAUACAUGCAAUUGGUUGCUUGAUCUCGGGGCCGAGCCAAACACGGUAGACGGCGACUUGCAGAGCCCUCUGACAAAUGCGAUCAUGCUUGGCAGACAUGAAAGCCUGUGCAACUCACUCAUCUCUCAUGGCGCUCACAUCAUACGAGCGCUUGAAGACCUGGAUAGAUCUGGGACAUUCUACAGGCUCACGAACACACAAGAAACAUUGAUAAAGGGACUUCUUAGUCAUAUCCCAAACCCUCUACAUACCAUUACAGCUCGAGGCAUGGUGGAGACCUUUCGCUUCUUAACCGAGCGCUGCGGGUUUGACAUCAAUCUUCAGAAUGAAUCUGGUGAAACGCCACUCUUUGUCGCCGUUAAGAUGGGCAAUUCCCGGAUGAUACAACAUCUAGUCUGGCAGCGCGAGAUCAAACUGCUCACAAAAGAGCAAUGGCUGAUGCUACGUUUCGACCCAAAAAUCAGAAAUGAAUAUUCUCGCGCCGUGCAGCUGGUGUGGAGUGAUGGAAUGGAGAGGAAAAUGCACGCGGCUUUCAGGGUUCCGCAUUGGCCAACUUUUCUUGAGGAUUCCAUCAAGGAGCUAGAACGCUUGCGAGAAAUGAAACAGUCAUUGGAAGAUUCUAAAAUCUUCUACAACGGUAUCUACAUUGGCAAGGUUGGUGACGGCUCUCAUCUCGGAUUAAAGUCUUCUUCGGGCGAUGGUGAAGGCCGGAAAAGAAAACGAGACGGCGACCACCCCGCUGUUGAAGGACACAGAGCCGCAAAAAGCAACCACCCCGGAUAG